UCCGUUUCCAUUAUUGACGUUAGCGCUACGCGGUACUUAGCCUAUCAUUUAUUUGCUACAUACGGCCAGAGCGGCCAGAGCCCGUCUACAAGGAAUUCUCUGAUACGGCCAACACCGCUGACAGCUGCCUCUGCUGCGAAGACCCUGUAUUCAUUGCACGUUUCAUUGUCUAAGUGUAACAACAGCUGUGCAGUGGUUGAAAUCGGUGUACAGAUGCCUGGAUGGUGUGACAGCAAACCACCGGAGUGGUCAACUUUUUUGUCCAAACUGGUGAAAGUUUCAGCGCACAACAAUCAAUAUGAAGGUUGGGUUUUCACGGUGGAUCCAGUCUCAGCAAGCAUGGUGUUGGUUACAUUUCCAGAGGGGGAUCGGGCACAUGUCCGAGUGGUCCUAGGCCAUGCUGUGGAGUCUGUGGAGGUCCUUCAGGAUGGGAACAAAGGCAACACUGCACGCUUGGCCUCCAUAUUUUCAGCCCAUGGUACAGAGAGCCUAAGCCCAGAAAAGCUCAGACACCGGAGACACAGUGUACGUCAAUGGAUUGAGAAGAACCACAUCCCUGUAAAAGAAGAAGGAGAGAUAUUGAGGGUGGCCAAUGUUCUUACCAUCAGCAGCCCUUACGGUGUGGAUGACUGCAGUAGUUCCAAUGAGAUCAUUUUAUCCAGAGUGCAAGGCUUGUUGCGAAGCAACCCUGGACAGAAACAUUAAGAUGCCUCACAAGAACAAUUUCAACACUGGAACCUUUGGAUUAUUGAAGACUGAAUUAAUUUUGAAAGUUUCCUUGGAAAGUGCAAAUGAAAUGUGAGAUUGGAAAACUAGCGCUUCUGGUUUCUUUCCUGGAAUUUUAUUGUUGGAGACUGGUAGUUGUUGUAGUUUCAUAGUGUCCUUAAAAUAAAAUUUGAUUGUUUACAAAA